CACCGUAUAAAGACACAAGCACCAUCGGCACGCCAUCCAAGAACAGCAGCAGCGAGGACUCUUUCGUCUUCCCCCAAUCCUGUCCAAAGAAUCUCCUCUGCUCGAGCUCAACAAGCAAGGGGAGAGAGGAGAGGCGGCGGCCGGCGGGGAGCUGCAGAGGCCUGCAGCCCGCGCGAGGAGCAGCUAGCUCCAUCCCCCCCGAGCUCCCGCCGGCGAACGGCGCGGUAAAAGGCGCGCCUUUGUCGCUGGUGCCUCGCGGGGCCGCGCGCGAGCCGACGGGGUUCGAGGGGGCGGUCGGCGGGAUGGGCGGCGGGGUCCGGGCGCUGAUGCGCCGGAAGCAGGUGGACUCCGAGCGGGCGCGCCCCGGCGGCAGCAGCCACCAGCUCCGCAAGGAGCUCUCCGUUAUCCAGCUCGUCACCAUCGGUGUCGGUUCAACGAUUGGAGCUGGGGUGUAUGUUCUUGUUGGGACAGUUGCUCGGGAGCAUUCUGGGCCAGCAUUGACUCUUUCAUUUCUGAUAGCCGGAAUAGCCGCUGCACUUUCAGCGUUCUGUUAUGCAGAGCUUGCUAGCCGUUGCCCGUCUGCAGGAAGUGCCUACCAUUAUUCAUACAUCUGCGUUGGCGAAGGAGUGGCAUGGUUGAUUGGUUGGGCUCUGAUACUGGAAUAUACAAUUGGUGGAUCAGCUGUUGCCCGUGGCAUAUCUCCCAAUUUAGCCCUAUUUUUCGGAGGAUCUGAUAGUCUGCCAUGGAUCUUAGCACGCCAUGAGAUCCCAUGGCUUGAUGUUGUUGUUGAUCCUUGUGCUGCAUUCCUGGUAUUCCUUGUAACUGGUCUGCUAUGCGUGGGGAUCAAAGAGAGUUCAUUUGUGCAAGGAGUUGUGACAGUCCUGAAUUGCUUUGUGAUGCUAUUUGUUAUUAUAGCCGGUAGUUACAUCGGCUUUCAAACAGGAUGGGUUGGCUACAAGGUUGCUGGCGGAUUUUUCCCUUAUGGAGCGAAUGGAAUGCUUGCUGGGUCAGCAACUGUCUUCUUUGCCUACAUAGGCUUCGAUUCAGUUGCCAGCACUGCUGAGGAGGUGAAAAAUCCGCAAAGAGAUCUGCCACUGGGAAUCGGAACAGCAUUGUCGAUUUGCUGUUCCUUGUACAUGCUGGUUUCAGUUGUUAUUGUUGGUCUGGUACCAUACUUUGCUAUGGACCCAGAUACCCCUAUCUCAUCAGCCUUCGAGAGACAUGGAAUGCACUGGGCAAUGUACCUUGUAACAACUGGUGCUGUUCUUGCCCUCUGUUCAACCUUGAUGGGAUCUAUAUUGCCACAGCCAAGAAUAUUGAUGGCCAUGGCACGAGAUGGCCUGUUACCAUCAUUCUUCUCUGAUGUCCACAAGACGACACAAGUUCCAGUCAAAAGCACAAUUGUGACUGGCAUCUGCGCAGCUUCUCUCGCUUUCUUCAUGGAUGUCUCUCAACUGGCUGGAAUGGUCAGUGUAGGCACGCUCCUCGCAUUCACUAUAGUUGCUGUGUCCAUCUUGAUUCUCAGGUAUGUUCCUCCAGAUGAGGUACCUCUGCCAUCUUCCCUGCAUUCAUCAUUCCGUUUGAGCCAAGGAAAUGAUGAGGAAAAGCUGAGGGAUACUCUUGGAGAUGAGGAUCAUGAACAAGAGGCAUCUGAAAUUAGCGAUGUUGUUGUAGUAGAAUCAGUUAAGGACCCCCUUAUUGAGAAGCAGCUGUACGCAAGCAAGCUGGAUGAGACAAAGCGGCGCAAGAUCGCUGCUUGCAGCAUUGCAGCUGUCUGCAUAGGAGUUCUGGUCCUCACAACUUCAGCCUCGGCGACAUUCUUGCCCUUCCUGGUGAGAUGCUUCGUUUGCGCUUUUGGUGGCCUACUCCUCCUAACUGGUCUGGGCGUGCUCUGCUGGAUUGACCAAGACGAUGGGAGACACUCCUUUGGCCAUUCUGGAGGAUUCAUCUGCCCAUUCGUUCCGUUGCUGCCAGUGAUGUGUAUUCUGAUAAACACAUACUUGUUGAUCAACCUUGGUGGCGGCACAUGGAUGCGAGUGGGGGUGUGGCUGGUGAUGGGGGUGUUCGUGUACAUCUUCUACGGUCGCAGCCACAGCUCAUUGACGGACGUUGUGUACGUCCCUGUGGUUCAGGCGAACGAGAUAUACGGGUCAUCAUCUUCUUCAGGUUUUGUGGCCUAAGGAGUGAAGGAAAGAGACAUUGUCGAAGCCUAUCUUGAGCUAUGUGCUCAACUGCUUUCCGCAGAACCUCAAGGACCCUGACUGGAGCAAGUCCCUGUUUGAGCUAUUAUAAAGCCAUUGCAGGCAAGGGUUUGAAGAAUUCAAUUCAUAUGUCAAUUUCUUGUUAAAAUGUACGUGUAUAAAAUUGUGAUGCACGACCAUACGUGUGCUCCUCAGUCGGAGUAAUGUAAAUAUUAAAAUUAUAGAUGGAAUUAUUACUUCAGGUGUUUAGAGAAGGAAGGCUGGUCUAGGUAUGUGUAAGGUUUAGUACAAGUUUGCUCCAAAUUUCCAAGAAUUGUACCUCUAGUCCCCUAUCCAAAAAGAAUUGUACCUCAAGGUCUUAAAAGUUUUAUAAAAUAUAGUGGAUAAUACCAA